AUGAAGCCUCCAAAGGAAAUUCCAUGGAAAUCAUUUGAAGGUCUUCUGUCUCGGCCAAACGCUCAACAAGAAUUCCAAGACCGAACGAGUCAACUUCAGAAGCUAUCCAAAGCCGCCGAAUCUGGAGAACCAAGAAAAGCGGAUGAGAAUAAGGAUAGUAUGAUUCGAAAAGUGUCGAGUAUGGCCAAUCGAAUAGCCUGGGGCAAAGAAUUGAAGUUCAAAAAAGGCGAUUCAGCUGUGUUGGUGCCAUUGUUGGAGAGGAAGAAUCAACCUCAUCUAUUGUUCACUCAAAGAUCAUUUCAAUUACGAGCUCAUAGAGGUGAAAUCUGCUUUCCUGGAGGCAGAAUGGACCAAGGAGAAAGUCCGGAAGAGGUAUGAGUUGAUUUUUUUGGAGGUAUUUGGGUAAAAAAUUUUUGGGGAAAACUUUUUUUCUUUUUAAAGAAGUUAAAAAAAAACUAAAUUAAUAUGACCUUCUUGUCAUUUUAAAUCAUAUUUGAAAUAAAUUAGUCCUCUUCUCUUUAAUAAUAAAACGAAAAAGUUUGGGCUCAGCCGGUGAUCGAAACCGGGGCCUCUCGCACCCAAAGCGAGAAUCAUACCACUAGACCACUGAGCCGCGACAUCAUUUCGCUUCAUCCGCCGAUAUCCUAAAGGGAUUUUUUGAAUCCGCGACGCGUAAUUGCUUUUUAGAAAUCAAAGGUCUAGUGGUAUGUUUCUUGCUUUGGGAGCCAAGGGCCCCAGUUUCGAACACCGACUGGUCUCGAAUCUUUUUAUGACAUUUCAACAUUGAACUUGGCAUAAAGUAGGUAAUCUGACACUGUCAUUUUUUUUGCGAAUUUUUACUUUUUUUUGGUAAAAACUGCGCGUAGACUGAUAUCAAUUACCUUUUUUCAUUACGGUAUGGCUAAAAGUAAAUAUUAUUAUUGUAUGCUAUUCAAAAUUAAAACAAAUCUUAAUUUUGAUUUUUUACAGACAGCUUUGCGCGAAGCCGAAGAAGAGGUUGGGUUGCAGCCAAGCGACGUCACUUUAUGGGGACGAUUACCAGCAAUGUUCACAAGACAAUUGACAUUUGUUCAGCCUGUUGUUGGACUAAUAGAUGAGACUACAGCUUUAAAAUUGUAUCCACAAACUGACGAGGUUCAAACUGUCUUUUUGGUAGGUUAAUCUGGCUUUAGGCUUAUUUUUUAUGGAUUUUUAAUUAAUACUAAUAGUAUUAUGGUAAAAUUUGGUAUAUAAGAAGGUGGACAAAGUUAGCUUAAAAAAUAAAAAAAAAUUUUAGACUCCACUAGCUGAACUAGUCCUAAGCACCAGCUACACCGGCUUCAGAGUGGGCAAGAACGUUUUUCACAUGCCAUUAUAUUACACUGAACAUUAUGAAGUCAUUUCCAAGACAGCCAAUGCUGUGGAGUCCCACGAUCAUCGGCAGAAGAUCUGGGGAUUAAGCGCUGGGAUCACGACCGAAGCCUUGGCCGUUCUGUCGCCCGAACCUUGGUCUGAUAACUUCGUCAAAGUGGAGAAACACAAGCCAUUGGAUGCUUAA